AUGGUUACGAAGAAAGGAUACACUGGCCGUUCUGGCAGAUUGGCGGUUCCGGACUUUCUUACUGAUGCUGGAAGCAAUCCACCAGAAUACAAAGAACGCGACUCCAAGCGUUAUACGACUAGCUCGCUACGACCACCUAGCGGGUACGAACGAUCCGGAAGCUCUAGAGCAUCCCGAGCCUACGGAUCAUCUAGAGUGUCAGACACUCCUAGGAGUUAUACUGCACCCCGAGAUCCUGGCUCAUCAUCCACCAGCACUGCGUUGAUACUAUAUACAGGCGGCCGGAGAAACUAUGAUGACCUUGCUCCAGCUGGCAGUUCCCGCAGCCGAAGAGAUUAUGAUAGGACCCCACCCAGCACUACCGGCCGCCGAAGUCUCUUUUUCGGCGAUGAGGGGGAUGGUCGUGUAUCCCGCCGCUCACGCAGAAGUCGACGCUCACGUCGUCGUGAUUCUGAUUAUUACGACUCAAACUUAUGUCGAUAUGGCUGCUGCCCGGGAGAAUGCUGCGACCCGCCACCUGUAUUCCCAUCGCUACUGCCAGACUAUGGCCCAGUAUCUGAUGCGACCCUUUUCCAACUACACAUGAAUUCAGGUAUACCUAUGGGCAGACUUGAGUGUCUAUGCGACCGUGAAAUUAUAACCGAAGGCCCAUGCGGUUCAUUGGGCAUCUUCUACCCCAUGCUACCCAUCGAUAUUCGUGAUGCUAUUUCGGGUGGACAGUUUUCGAUCCGUCCACAGUUGGCUACAGUAACCACUACUGUGGAUAUAUACACCACAUAUGAGUUUUAUUGA